AUGGUGAAAGCUAGACCCGAGGUGGUGAACAAGCAGACAGAGACACCAGAAGAGAAAAAGAGUGAAGAGCAGAAAUGCCAUAGUAAUGGGGUACAAAAGGAGAUUGAAGAAAGUAGACAUAUGCCAGCUUUACCAUUUUCUCAAAAGAUGAAGCGGGAAAAACUUGACAAAUGUUUUGGGUGGUUCUUGGAGAUGCUCAAGCAACUUUAUGUGAAUGUUACCUUCACAGAGGUACUCACUCAGAUGCCUGCUUAUGCAAAGUUCUUGAAGGAAAUCCUGUCUAGCAAGAGAAAAUUGGAGGAGACAACGGUGGUCAAGCUGAAUGGCCACUGCAGUGUAGAGCUAUACUUGAUAUCUACGAGGGGCAGCUUAUGCUCAGAGUGGGCAUUGAGAAAGUGGUAUUCUGCCUACUCGUGCUUCAAGCUAGAUGCUGUUGGGGAAUUGGAUGAAAAAUACAAGUUUGACAAGCUUGUGGGGGAUACUAUAGAGAGGUGUAUUACCCAGUCUAGCACAGUGGAGAAUGAAGAUCCUGAAAUAAAGAAAGAGGCUGAAGCUCUUGAAACUGAGGAUCAAGUGAUUGAUGAGGAGGAGCUAAAAGAUGAGGCUUCUAAGCCUAGUAUGGAAUUGAAAGAGCAAAAGCUGGUGGAGUUGCUGAAAAAGUACAAGAAGGCCAUUGGCUGGAAUAUAGCUGAUAUUCAAGGAAUUAGUCUAGCCAUUUGCAUGCACAAAAUUCUACUGGAAGAAAAUAGCAAGCCAUUGGUGCAGCCCCAACGCAAGUUGUUCAAAAAUUUAGAGGAGUUACUGCAUAAGAAGAUCAUCAAAUUGCUAGAUGCGGGAGUGAUUUUCCCUACCUCUGAUAUCACUGGGUGGAGAAUGCGCAUUGCUUAUAGAAGGCUGAAUGAUGCAACAAGGAAGGACCACUUUCUACUUCCUUUUAUUGAUCAAAUGCUUGAGAAAGUGGCUGGACAUGGAUGCUACUGCUUCUUGGAUGGGUGCCCAGGCUACAAUUAG